AUGUCUUUGUUCCUCUGUUGGUUUAACAAUCCCAUAAUAAAAUAUACAAAUAGGGGCAUCUGUUAUGGAUCCCAGGGCUACCUGAAAAGGGACUGUUAUGGAUCGCAGGGCUACCUGAAAAGGGACUGUUAUGGAUCCCAGGGCUACCUGAAAAGGGACUGUUAUGGAUCCCAGGGCUACCUGAAAAGGUACUGUUAUGGAUCCCAGGGCUACCUGAAAAGGGACUGUUAUGGAUCCCAGGGCUACCUGAAAAGGGACUGUUAUGGAUCCCAGGGCUACCUGAAAAGGGACUGUUAUGGAUCCCAGGGCUACCUGAAAAGGGACUGUUAUGGAUCGCAGGGCUACCUGAAAAUGGACUGUUAUGGAUCCCAGGGCUACCUGAAAAGGGACUGUUAUGGGUCCCAGGGCUACCUGAAAAGGGACUGUUAUGGGUCCCAGGGCUACCUGAAAAGGGACUGUUAUGGAUCCCAGGGCUACCUGAAAAGGGACUGUUAUGGAUCCCAGGGCUACCUGAAAAGGGACUGUUAUGGAUCCCAGGGCUACCUGAAAAGGGACUGUUAUGGAUCCCAGGGCUACCUGAAAAGGGACUGUUAUGGAUCCCAGGGCUACCUGAAAAGGGACUGUUAUGGAUCCCAGGGCUACCUGAAAAGGGACUGUUAUGGAUCCCAGGGCACCUGA